ACCCAGCAGUGACAGCUGAGGCCAUGUGAGUGUCGGAUCCUGAAUGAGGCUUUAUCUCUGUCAGUCCCAUCAUCCACUGUGGCACCAGCUCCCUCCGACAGCCUGGAUGGAGACAGCCAGAACUAGAGAGGUGAUGGUAACCAUAGCCCGGACUAAGAGGAGGAGACUGGGCCUCUAGCCGCCAACCAGGGGAUGGAGACACCAGGCCACGAUAAACAUCCUUGGAGCUCUAACACUGAUCUUCUAACCUGACCUUGCCUGACCAAGCCAUGCCCCAACAAGCCUCAGUGGACGGGGGGCUGCCCCCAGAUGUCCUGGCAGAGCAGGUGGAGCUCUGGUGGUCCCAGCAGCCCCGGCGCUCCUUGCUCUGUUUCUCCGUGGCCGUGGGCCUUGUGGCUGGCUGUGGGGCAGGCGGUGUGGCACUGCUGUCCUCCACCAGCAGCCGCUCUGGCGAAUGGCGACUAGCUGUGGGCACUGUGCUCUGCCUGCUGGCCCUGCUGGUUCUGGUGAAGCAGCUGAUGAGCUCGGCCGUGCAGGAUAUGAACUGUAUACGCCAGGCCCAGCACGUGGCCCUGCUGCGCAGCGGCGGAGGGGCCGAUGCUGUUGUGGUGUUGCUCAGUGGCUUUGUGCUGCUGGUCACGGGCCUGACCUUGGCUGGGCUGGCUGCUGCCCCGGCUCCGGCUCGGCCACUGGCUGCCAUGCUGUCUGUGGGCAUUACCCUGGCUUCCUUAGGCUCAGUCUUGUUGCUGGGUUUGCUGCUGUAUCAGGUGGGUGUGAGUGGACACUGCCCCCCGAUCUGUACAGCGGCACCCUCCACCCAAAAUGGCCACAGCAGUAACAGCAGCAUCUUUAGCAUCUCAGGACAGUUGUCCUCUGGCCAGCGUCACGAGACCACCUCCAGCAUUGCCAGCCUCAUCUGACAGAGAUGGAACCCUUCUUCCCAUGCCCCGACUCACAGUGUCCCCAGAACUCGUGAUGUGCACAGGUGCGUGCAUAUAGGUGUGCCCCCCUGCCGUGGGAUUGCCUAGUAUGUGAUUAGGAGCUCAUGGGUACCCACACAUCCACACCAUGAGAAGGUGAGUGAUGGAUGCCUCCUUGGGACUGAAUGCUUGUGUCUGGGGACUGUCGUGCUCUCUGCCUGGUUCUGGGGUCUCUAGGCACGUCUGGAAUUCCUGAAGAUUUGACCUGUGUUUCUAAGACCCUACAACUCCAGCCUUGCCCUAUGACAUCACCCAGGGUCUCCACACAAGUGACCAUUGCAAACCCAUGAAUAGACCAGUGAUUGUUCUUCAGAGAGAGUGACUUUUGGCAAAGCACAGGGAAAUGGCUCCCUGAUGAGAUGGACCUGGACCGGAAAUGCCUUUGAGCUUAUAGCCUCGCAGCCGGGGCCUGGGUGAGGUGGCUUAGCCUCUCUUGCCUCAGUUCUUAGAACAGUGUUGCCGUUGAUUUGUUGGGAUUAAAUGCUAUCCUCAGUGAGAUGACUGGACUCCUGGCAAAUGUGCAAUAAAAAGGUGACUGCA